UAUCUUUAAGACAUCUUAAAAUAGUGAAGCAAAGGUUUAAAUAUAAAUAUAAUUUGGCCAAUUUAUAUGCAUUUUUAACUUGUGAGGGCACCCGAAAUGGACUCAAAAAUGAGUCACUUUGUCUAAAUGAAGGAAUGCAAUAGGCUUCUGCAGUUUUUAUAAGCAGCUAAUAAAUACUGACCCAAAUCCACACCCAGCUCUGCAUUUCCAAAAUAAAAACCAAAGAUUACUGCUUUAUUUAUGUAUCAUUUUUACAAAGAAAAAUGUCCCCAGGUGGACUUGCGUAUGUCUGGGGACACUUUUGUUUCCGAUGCGUGGUGAAGUAUAUACACGCGCGCACACGCAUAAACAGCGCGUCUCUCUGGCUCACACACACACACACACACACACACACAAACAAGGCUCUCAUAUCUCUGCUGCACACAUGGGUUGAUCAUUCACCCGGGCCUUCAGCCAAAGCAGCUGCAUAACCAGACGCUUCUGAGACACGCAGAAAAUGAUGCACUUCAACAACACAUGAUCAGCGAAACUUCAUCAGCUGUAUAUUUCACGCCGACGGGAACCUGAAGAUCCGGUUUGUGAGCGGACCAGCGUACGAGCUCAGCGCAGAUCUUCACGGAUCCGACGGCCGAGAAACACAAGAUGGCUCAUUACGACCCAUCCUUAUCGUCUCCAUCCGACGAGGUCAAUCUGGGUGUGUCGGUCAAUCCUCAUGCCAAACCUACAGACUUUGACUUUCUGGCCGUGAUCGGUAAAGGAACAUUUGGGAAGGUGCUCUUGGCCAAACUGAAAGCCGAUGGAAAGUUCUAUGCCGUGAAAGUUUUGCAGAAGAAAGUCAUAUUGAAGAAAAAAGAGCAAAAGAACAUAAUGGCAGAGAGGAACGUGCUGCUCAAGAGCCUGAAGCACCCUUUUCUGGUCGGGCUGCACUACUCCUUUCAGACCUCGGAGAAGCUGUAUUUUGUCCUGGAUUACGUCAACGGUGGAGAGUUAUUUUAUCACCUGCAGAGAGAGCGCUGUUUCUCCGAGGCUCGAGCUCGCUUCUACACGGCGGAGGUGGCCAGUGCCAUCGGAUACCUUCACUCUCUCAAUAUAGUUUACAGAGAUCUCAAGCCGGAAAACAUUCUGUUAGACUAUCAGGGUCACGUGGUGUUAACAGAUUUCGGUUUGUGUAAAGAAGGCAUAGAACCCGAAGGGACCACCACAACCUUCUGCGGCACUCCAGAGUAUCUGGCCCCUGAGAUCCUACGCAAAGAGCCGUAUGACCGCACUGUGGACUGGUGGUGUCUUGGAGCUGUGCUCUUUGAGAUGCUGUACAGCUUACCUCCAUUCUACAGUCGGGACAUGUCUGAGAUGUACGACGCGAUCCUUCACAAACCUCUGCAGCUGCCACCGGGGAAGUCCGAGGCCUCGAGUCACCUGCUCUGCGGACUCCUGCAGAAAGAUCAGCAUCGCCGGUUAGGAGCCAUUGCUGAUUUUUUGGAGAUUAAAAAUCACGUGUUCUUUGGCCCCAUUAACUGGGACGACCUCUACCACAAGCGAAUCACUCCUCCAUAUAACCCAAAUGUGAGAGGCCCAGCAGACCUUCAGCACAUUGACCCAGAGUUCACCAGAGAGAUGGUGCCCAACUCCGUGGGCCGCACUCCGGAGCCCACCCCCAGCCUCGCCACCAGCAGCUCCAACGCCUUCAACGGCUUCUCGUACAUCUCUGGAGAAGACGGCUUCCUCUGAGGAGUUUCUGGACACUGGAAAAACACUGGACUGUAAUGAGGGUAAAAGCUGUGACACUGGAAAUGCAACGAGUUUUAAGAUGCCGUGCUCAUUUUGCAUUCAUGAGAAGAUGUUUCAUCAGUACGCACUCGUGGUCAUUGUGUAACAUUGUGUGGACAUUGGGGGGAGACAGAUUUGUUGAUUGCGCCACUGGCAAAGCAGCUAUAGUUGCAAAAGCUGUAAAAGUCUAGGUUUCUGAUCUUGCUCAUCUUUUGGGGGUUGUGGAUCUGCGUGCCUUACUCUUGGCAACAUCCUCAUUUAAUCUUCUUCAUCUGAUUACUGAAAAGCAUUAAAAACCUUCGCUUUGUAACGUUUUGUUGCAAAACAACCCGUAAGAGCAUUUCUUCUGUUAAAAAGGCAUUGAAAAUGCCCCAAUCGAGUCUAUUUCAUGUGUGAUCCAUUAAUGUGAACUUUAAUCUAACUGUGCUUUAUGAAAUCAUGUAUUAAUGCUCAGAAAGUCUUCAGAAAUGUGAACAACCAUUGAUAAAUGUAUAUGUUUUUAUUUCUCAUUGAAGCUAUACAGAUAUACUGCUCAUAAUGUUACAUGUUUUAGUUUAGGGUCGAUUUGUGAGACAUGUCAGAAUUCACCUUGAAAAAAAAGUGCUGAGAUUUUACUUAAUUUUCCUCUGAUGUGGCACUUUUUGUUUCCGUAUGACAAAGCAGCAAGAAUUCAUAAAAACAUUACAUUCACACCCAGGCAGAGGAUCUCCGUCUAUUUCAAUAGUAACAUUUAUUGUACAAGACCGUGAGCAGAAACUUGUAUCCUUGUCCUGCUGGUGAUAAAUGUAAAUUAAAACGAAAAGAAAGAGUGUUUCAUGAGAGUGCGGAUCAUGGUCUUGUAUAAAAAAUUAUUUACUGGAUUGACGCGCCUAAAUAAAAGAACAAGCCAUAAAAUAGCGCUGUGCAAACUAUGUUUGUGGGAUGGUAACAUUAAACUUAAACUUGCUACAGUUAGGAGCACAGAUGCUGUGUGUAUAUUGUUAAAAAUGUAAUCAAAGAAAUGGACCAUACUGACUUUUCAGGCAUUUUCUAUAAAGUUAGUGUACUAUGUGGGAGGUGCAAUGCAAGAUAAGCAGUCUUAAAGGCACUGUAAUCAGCAAAGAUGAAUAUAUACAAAUGUGUGCUUUCCACACUGUACAGCAACUUUUGAAAAAGUUAGGAUAUAAUGUAUACUCUCUCUGACGUUUCUCCCUGUUUUGAGACAUUUAAAAAUGAUUUUAGAAUUUUAUUGAACUCUAUAAAACUAUUAAAAGUGAAGAUUGCAUUCAAACUC